UAAGGAUGUUUAUAAGCAAACAAGCAAGCCAUAACAAAUAUUUCACUUGGUCUGUAAGCCGUAAACACAAACGUUUCAAUAAGAAAAGUAAAUUAAAUCCAAAAAUAAAUAGGAGAAAUGGAGGCCUUCUUGCACUUGGCAGAGGAAAGCUACAACUUAACGCUCAAUCGGGAGCUGUUUAUCAACGAAUGGGCCCAAGAGCGUUUGAGUUUCUUUGAGCCUCUAUGGCGUUUUCUCAGCGUUAAUCUGGAGCCGAACAAUCUCUUUAACUUUUUUAUUCCGCUGGGCGGCAUCUUUGGUCAAGAUAUGCUUUUGCAUCUUUUGUCCGCAAUUACUCUGGUCAGCACUCUAAACUCCUUUGAAAAAUGGAUUUUCCAGGAGAUACGGCCUUUGUGGUUUCUGCGGGAGCAGUUUGCCAAUGAAAAGCUGGCCAUGAAGCCGCAGGUGGCUUUGGAAAGUCAUCAGCUAAGCUGCGAGACGAGCGGUGGGCUGCCCUGCGCCCACUCGAUGACCUUCACAGUGUUCGUCCUGAUUCUGUCCUCGUUCUUCUUUGUCCACUGCUGGGAUCGAUUCGUUUCAUGGCGAUCGCCCUUGUUCCGUUGUAUAAUGUAUCCGCUGAUCGUCUUCGUGGUGGUCUGCAUGUGGCUGAGUCGCCUCUAUUUGGCCACUGAGUUUCUCCACCAGUGCAUCCUGGGCAGCUACUUCGGGAUCAGGGCCCUCAAUUUUUUCGAGGGCAACAACAAGUAUUUGUUCUCCCGAUCACGUAUAUAUGGGAUUUCGAUUGUUUGCUUUUUGGGAGGAUUGGCAAUUGCGGUGUUCCUUAUCAAAAUGCGUCUCGAGAUGGAUCCCCAUUGGUCUGUGCGACAGGCCUUUAAAUGGUGCCCAGAGCCCACUUACAUGCGUCACGAGGCGAGCCCGAUUUUUCAAAUUGUCCGAGAUCUGGGAAAUCUUAUGGGAUUGGCGCUUGCCUCGCCCCUGUUCAAGCUUAAGAUGACACAGUCGACAUUUUGGCGCCGCUGCCGAGUCCUUGGAGUUUUGGAGUUUGUCAACCAUGGAUUGCGCAUAUACACACCAAAGCAGUACGGACGUUUAGUUUUCUUUUCCUGGGAGUUUUCCAGAAAUGCCUUACAUUCCCUCGUACUUCUUAAGUAUGUCACAAAAUUUUACUAGAAUAAGCUUAGUCUUUUAGAGUUUUGUACAGAUUAAUAAUUAUAUAACUAAAAUGCUCAAUCAGAGAAAUGUUAAUUCAAAAUAUCAGGAAUAAAAAGUACAUGAUACACAAAACAUGCUAUUUA